AUGGAGCCAGAGGUGGUGGGGCAGCACCAGGUGCAGAGGCUGGAGCCAGAGCUGCCCAACGGCAUGGAGAAGGUCCAAGUGAAGGAGCUGGAGCGAAGGAGCAAGUUGAAUGUCGAGGAGCUGAACAGGAUUGAGGAUGAGGAUGUUCUGGAUAAGAUGCUUGAUCGGACGACGGACUUUGAGGAGCGGCGGCUGAUCCGAAACGCCAUGCGGGAGCUGCGCCAGCGCAAGCGAGACCAGCGGGAGAAGGAGCGGGACCAGCGGCUGCAGGAGAUGAGGAGCCAGGCUAUGGUAGGGAGGGCCGGCAACGCCACGGAGACCACCACCACACAGAGCACCCAGUCAGCCGACGGCUCAGCACGCAGCACUGUCACCAAAACCGAGCGUCUCGUUCAGUCUGGUGAUGGCACCAAGACCUCCCGUACCACAACCAUGGAGUCAAGUUAUGUGAAGAGAUCAGACAAUGGCAACAGCACAUUUGUUCAAACCAAAUCAUCCUACAGUUCCUCUUCUAAGAAAAUGGGCAGCAUCUUUGACCGCGAAGACGAGAGCACCUCCAGGCAGAGCAGCCUGGCCGCGCUGGAGCGGCGCCAGGCUGAGAAGAAGAAGGAGCUGAUGAAAGCUCAGAGCCUGCCCAAGACAUCGGCCUCCCAGGCUCGUAAAGCCAUGAUGGAGAAGCUUCAGAAGGAGGGCGGGAGCUGGCCGAGCCCCGCGGCGGCGCGCACCGCCGUGCAGCGCUCCUCCAGCUUUGGCGUGCCCAACGCCAACAGCAUCAAGCAGAUGUUGCUGGACUGGUGUCGAGCCAAGACCCGGGGAUACGAGCACGUGGACAUCCAGAACUUCUCAUCCAGCUGGAGUGAUGGCAUGGCUUUCCCCGAGGCGUUUGACUACAGCCAGCUGACGCCCCAGAACCGCCGCCACAACUUUGAGGUGGCCUUCUCCUCCGCAGA